CCUUUGUAAUCCUAGAUCUUGUCUAUCUAUAAUCUAUAUACAUAUAUUUAAAUUAUAAUGUAGAUCAAGAUCUAGAUCAAAAUGAAGUUUUCAGUGUUCUUAAUAAUAGAAAUAUCGGAUUCAUAAAUGAAACUGUGCUUUCUUUUAAUUUAAAUUUUAUUUUAGGAUUAGAUUCUAUCUGUAGGUCUAAAAAAAGAUCAUAAGUGAUAAGAUACUGAAAGUUGAAAAAUGAUUUCUGGAGUACCUACUAACUAUAUUGUGACACCAAUUAAAGAUGAUUAUAAAGCAACAGAGAGUGCUCUAAAUCUAAUGAAUGAAAAAAGAAGAAGAAGACAUAUGAGAUUUCCAUCACUUAAAUACCGACAUGAUAUAGACUCUUUUCAGCUGGAUAUGAAUGCCAAUAACAGUUUCAAAAAAUGGAAUGAUGAUGGUGAACAUCACUCCAGUGCUCCAUGCAGAGCCUAUGAUAAUCUCAUUGAGCCAACAUCUGGAUUUGUAAGUGCUGGAGCAGACGUCAACAACAAUAAUUAUAGUAACAAAGUUAAAUCAUUGGUGCAGUUAAAUACAACUCCUCAGUCAGUAAAUUCUAGAAAGCUCAACAAGGUUCACUUUGACCUUACAACUCCAUCCAAGUUACAGAGAGAGAAUACAUGGUCUCCAGAGACACCAUUAUUGUGGAACAGUAAAAAAAAAUUGGACGUAGUUAUGCGAGCAAAGCUAGGAGGAUGGACUAGCUCUGCAGAUCCAAGGAAACUUUCUGAAGAAGUUAAAAGACCACAAACUUCUCCCUUAGAUGAAUUGUCCAGAAUGAGGCGUGAUAAGCUUGCAUUAAAAUAUCAGUAUGGAACAUCUACUCAUAGGGCUUAUGAAGAAGUGCCUUGGGAUUCAAUUUUACCUCCAAAGGUUCAACCUCCUUCCUCAACAUUAGAAAACAGGCCAGACAGUGUUUCACAUCAAUUGCAAACUAACCGCUAUGAAAUAUCACCCCAAGAAUGGCAGAGUGUUGGGAAAGGUCUUGAUACUUUCUUACUAAGAAAAGGAUAUUAUAAAGAUGGUCCUAUUUCAUUCUGCAGUCCAUAUCCCCGAUAUCAACAGAUUCCUUCAUAUAGUGGAAGUGUUGGGGCUGAAAAUCUGGAAGAAGUUGAUAAUGUCAAGGAAGAGUUUAUACCAUUUUCUGUGAAGAGAAGUAUCAUUCCUACACCAUCUGAGACAGCACACCGUCCAAAUAUCCCUUGGUACACUGGAUGUACUCUUUGGCAAGGUUCCUAUGCACCUUUUCAAAUUAAUGAACUAGAAAAUAGAUAUCCACAUCCUAAAAUCCAGACCCCAGUAUCACAGAAGCCACAGUCACCUGAAAGCUAUAAAAGAAAAUCAGAAGUUUCUAAGAUGGUGACACUGGUCCCACCCAAAAAUCCUUUUAACACAAUAGAAACAGAACCAUUGCAAGUCUAGUAAACAGUUUAUAAGAUUGUGAAUUGUUAAUAUUCGUUCUUGUAAAAAAUUGGAUCUUUUUUUUAUUUUUCUUAUUUCUAAGAUAUGCAGCAAUGAAACUUUCUGUCUACCACAUUUUUUAACAAACAUUGAUAGUUCAUCAAUUUUAUGUGCAGAAUGUUCUUGUUAUUGAAGUCAAUAAUUCUAAAUGUUUCAAGUUAUUGUCAAUUAUUGUUUAACAUGUCAAUCUAAAUGUUUGCCUCAAUUUUCCUAAUUUGGAAUACAAUAAUGCUUUCUUUGUAGUAAAAUAACUUAUUAGAUCUAUUAAAAGGCAUGCAAAACAAA